AUUUGGCUGGCAACACUGAAACUGACCGCUCACACCGUUUCAAAAAUUAACGUAAAACGUAAACAUUGGCAGGAUUUGUGUCUAAUUUAUACCCAAAACAAAUCGUGAAUUUACCACAAAUGAGUGCAAAAACUGGUGGUGAUGAAGAUCCGGUGAAUGAGGAGCGUGCCGGGAUCGUUCGAGAAGUGGGGUCGCAAGCCGUUUGGAGUCUGUCGUCAUGCAAACCAGGUUUUGGAGUCGAACAAUUGCGUGAUAAUUGUAUGGACACGUACUGGCAAUCGGACGGUCAAUUACCGCAUCUUGUCAACAUACAAUUUCAACGAAAAACUACAAUAAACCAGAUUUACAUCUACACCGACUACAAGCUGGACGAAAGUUAUACCCCAAGCAAAAUUUCAAUUCGAUCGGGAACGCACUUCAACGACCUGCAAGAAAUCGAAAUUGUCGAACUGAAUGAGCCGGCAGGCUGGGUGGUGAUUCCCAUCGAAGAUAUUCGAGAGCAACCGAUACGUACGUUCAUGAUUCAAAUAGCCGUCAUAUCGAAUCAUCAGAAUGGUCGUGAUACUCACAUGAGACAGAUUAAAAUUCAUUCACCGAUCGAAGGUCGAAAUUAUUUACUAGAGGAAUAUGGUCCAUUCUCGACGCUAGAGUUUCAACAGUACCGAACUUUGCGAUGAAACGAAUGUCUAAGUCUAAGUAGAAUUUUAAUUUAAUAAAUUUACAUUCGGAACGAA